AAAUUAAUCAGAUCUAAACACAGCUCCGACUCGAGCAGUUGCGUUUUACAAUUUCUCUCGGAUUUACUACAAGUUAUCGUUUACACUAUACUGGUUAUUUGGAUAUGUUCGUAAGAAAGUUUGGAUUAUUUCCGAACACCAGCAGCAUGAACCUCAACAGUCAUGCCGAGAUCAAGGACCGCCAAGGUAAAGACAAGGAAUCCUUCGAAAAGGACUACAGUGUCGGCGCUGUUCUCGGGAGUGGCGGUUUUGGAACAGUUUUUGCUGGAACACGACGGAGAGAUGGCUUCCCGGUUGCUAUCAAGCGAAUCAUGAAGGAAAAGAAAAUCGAAAAAGUCAUGGUAAAUGGCGUAUGGGUACCACUUGAAGUUUGUCUUCUCACAAAAGUCUCCCACAUUCAUGGAGUAAUCAAAAUGUUGGAUUACUAUGAACGAAAUGACUGUUAUAUUAUUGUGAUGGAAAGACCAGAGCCAGUAAAGGACUUAUUCGACUAUAUCACAGAAAAACGGGUGCUAGACGAAUCAAUCGCCAAAAAUUUCUUCAGACAAAUCGUUGACACUAUCAUUGCCAUUCACAAAGCCGGAGUAGUGCACAGAGACAUCAAAGAUGAAAAUAUUCUGGUGGAUUUAAAAACAAACGAGCUCAAAAUCAUAGACUUCGGUUCAGGAGAUUUUCUGAAAGACACAGUUUAUACAGACUUUGAUGGAACAAGAGUGUACAGCCCGCCAGAAUGGAUCAAGUUCCACCGAUACCACGGGCGAUCAGCGGCCGUGUGGUCCCUCGGUAUCCUCCUCUUUGACAUGGUGUGCGGCGACAUUCCCUUUGAAGAAGACGAACAGAUAAUCAACGCCGAUGUUUCCUUCCGAGGUCGAAUUUCAUCUGAUUGUAAAGACCUCAUCCGCAAGUGCCUUUCUCCACGACCAUCAGAACGACCACAUUUAGAAGAUAUUUUAAAUCAUCCUUGGUUACAAAACGACGCCAACUUGGACAAGCUCAACUUGCGAAGGGGAACAGUCAACAAAUCAGACCAGUCGUCCACAAGCAGCCAGGAGAGUUUAUGAGGAGAGUGGACUUAGUAAAUUCUUAACUUAUGCCAAAGAUAUUCAGGGAUUACUAGUGUCUCGAGCCACUGCCAGUGACUGCGUCAAAAACAAGACUGACCUCGUCACACGUCAUGCGAACUCUGUUGUUGUCUGCAGCUACGUCAAUGGAUUGUUUCAAACCUGGAUUAGCGUGCUCCAACUGAAAAGUGAAAGGACUCAGUUUGAUAGUAGGACACUUGGUUUUGAUUACUGAACAAACAUGAGGACUAAGUUACCUAAUCUGCUGUUAAGGACUUGACAUUAGCCGGACUAAACAGACUCGAAACACUCAUGUUGCGGAGAUUAUAAUAAAAGACGGGUCCUCCCGACAUGGACGAUUGAUUGGUGCUACUGCUAGAUAAGGUUGUCACUCACAGGGGUUACCAGACAGCAAUGUUAAACAAUGCAAAUGUGUUCAUUUCUAGUGUUACGUGGACUAAAAGUAAAAUCAUCUGUGGGCUUUUACGUUUCGCUUCAGUCCAACCUCUCACAUGUUUGCAAAAUACCAUCGAAAUGUCCUUUCAUUUUUGAGGUCCAUGUUAUAGUAAUCGGCCUACUUUGCUCAAUUUGCUAUAACUUUUUGGUUUAGGUCUUUUGAUGGUAGUUGGCAAACUUGAGGUUGAGCUUGAGGCCCCGGCCCCUUUGCUCUGCUUUGACGGAUUCAGAGAUACAGUCUUAUCCGAGAGAAAAGUCUCACUACAAGCAAUGACCUAACACUGGGAGCUUGUAGUUAUCCGUUACUGCUUCGAGGCGGAGCAUUGACUGUGACAGUAUUAUGUUGUAUAAAGAAAGCCAUAGUAAGUUAUCCAGUGCCUAGUUGAAAGAUUCGGGUGGAGAAAAUGACUCAUGACCAAUAUAGGGGGUGCCGACACCAUGCUGGCACAGUUAGGCCUCUAUGCAUUCCGCUGAGCAUUCCUCCCUCCGACUCUUUUGGCUUUGCAUACUAGCUUUAAAUCUGUAAAUAAGUGACUUAAUUUAUUUAAACUAGAAACUGACCAGCGAGGUUGCUGGGAAGAGGUCAAACGUGUUGGCAAGCAGGUUAAAAGCGGGAACUUUUGAAUUCAGGUUUUAAAAUAUAAUUUCAGUGAUAUGAUAGAAGUUUUACGGGUGAAAAUUAGAUUAGUCUUUUAAAAGUGUUUUAAAAUAACAGAUUCUUUCAUUCAAAGUCCGGCCUUAGAAAGUCACUUGAUCAUUUAAAUUAUUGUAAAAUGAAAAGUUUGGAUACUUAAAAAGAACUCAAGUAUCAAAUCUGUUACCUGAAUUUUAAAUUUUUUGUGGGUCUAUCAAACUCUGUGAAAAUUUAAAUUACCUCGUCUUUUUUUUAAAAGUAAUAUGACAAAUAUGUGUAAAGUAAUAUUUAUUGGAACGCUUUUACUUUGAGCAGAAGUCAAGCGAUGUUGUAAAAAGACCUCGACUGUAAUUAUGUUAUUUAUUGAAUGCAUGGAAAAAUUCGGAAAUGAAUGCAGAUAUUACUGCCCCACGUUUGGUUUCAAGUUAGUUUUGUGUUUAUGUCUUGUGUACAGUGUAAUUUGUAAAUAGAAAGAAUAUUUUUAUAAUGAUCCAAGGAAUAAAACAUUUUUAAUUAAAUAUAA